CCUGGUAGAAAACUUUGAUCUUUUGAAUCGAAGCUAACGAAGCAUUUGUUUUGAAAAAAGUAAACAAUAUGGCGAUGAUUAUGCGUGUCUGUAAACAAGCUGUAAAUAUAGACGGCAACCCACAGCUUCAGCGAGUAUUUCGAAGGCUUGCGACUUUGUUUAGACCAUUUUCGCGGCACAUUUAUAGCAGUAGAAGUAGAAUAAGCAGUGGACCAGAUCGAGAUAUGAUAUACCGAGUCCUCACAAAUGAAGAUGGCAAUGUGCCUGUUGCCAGAUUUAUUGGCGCUCUUAGAGAAGCUGGUUUAAGAGUCAAAGAUCCAAGACUGAAGGAAACAAUGACAAACUUUCAGCAAUAUUUGCAGCAAGAAAAUUUUGAAGGCUUUGUGGAUGAAGGAACAUUCAGAAGAUCCAUACAGAAAAACAUUGUCCUGAUAGAGAACGCUCUUCGUGGAGAUCUUGUGAUUCCAGAGUUUAGUCAACUGACAAAGCCUAUUGAGGAAAUAUACAAUAAAUGUAAAGAAAACAAGGAAGGAAAGGUUGCUGAUUACAUUCCUCAGUUGGCAAAGUUCGACCCUGACCUGUGGGGCGUGGCUGUUUGUUCUGUAGAUGGACAGAGAUUUGCUAUUGGGGACUACAGAGAUCAUUUUUGUCUUCAGUCAGUGUCCAAGUGCCUGCACUAUCCAAUUGUUUUAGAGGAUCUAACAGCAGAGGUGGUGCAUAAAUACGUCGGACAUGAACCCAGUGGGCAAGCAUUUAAUUAUUUACACUUGAAUAACAACGAUCAGCCUCACAAUCCAAUGUUAAAUUCUGGUGCCCUAGUUCUAUGUGCACUUCAAAAGCCUGAGCUGCCCUUGGCUGACAGAUGCGAAUAUGUUCAGGGGAAGUUUAAGCAAGUAGCUGGGGGAGAAUACAUUGGAUUCAGUAAUGCAACGUUUCUGUCUGAGCGCGAGACAGCUGACAGAAACUAUGCUUUAGGAUACUACAUGAAUGCUCACAAGGCAUUCCCACCAAAUACAAAUCUUAUGGAUACUUUUGAACUUUAUUUUCAUACUUGCUCAACAGAAAGCAACUGUGAUUCUGGAAGUGUCAUGGCUGCAACUUUGGCCAAUGGAGGAAUUUGUCCACUUACUGGUCAAAAAGUUUUUAGUUCUCGGACUGUACAGCACACAUUGUCUCUGAUGCACUCAUGUGGAAUGUAUGAUUACUCUGGACAGUUUGCUUUUCAUGUAAGAAGGAUUAACUGUACAUAUACCAAGACUGUAACAUGUAAUAUUGUACUCAUGGUAACAUUUUUGCAGGUUGCUGAUUACAUUCCUCAGUUGGCAAAGUUCGACCCUGACCUGUGGGGCGUGGCUGUUUGUUCUGUAGAUGGACAGAGAUUUGCUAUUGGGGACUACAGAGAUCAUUUUUGUCUUCAGUCAGUGUCCAAGUGCCUGCACUAUCCAAUUGUUUUAGAGGAUCUAACAGCAGAGGUGGUGCAUAAAUACGUCGGACAUGAACCCAGUGGGCAAGCAUUUAAUUAUUUACACUUGAAUAACAACGAUCAGCCUCACAAUCCAAUGUUAAAUUCUGGUGCCCUAGUUCUAUGUGCACUUCAAAAGCCUGAGCUGCCCUUGGCUGACAGAUGCGAAUAUGUUCAGGGGAAGUUUAAGCAAGUAGCUGGGGGAGAAUACAUUGGAUUCAGUAAUGCAACGUUUCUGUCUGAGCGCGAGACAGCUGACAGAAACUAUGCUUUAGGAUACUACAUGAAUGCUCACAAGGCAUUCCCACCAAAUACAAAUCUUAUGGAUACUUUUGAACUUUAUUUUCAUACUUGCUCAACAGAAAGCAACUGUGAUUCUGGAAGUGUCAUGGCUGCAACUUUGGCCAAUGGAGGAAUUUGUCCACUUACUGGUCAAAAAGUUUUUAGUUCUCGGACUGUACAGCACACAUUGUCUCUGAUGCACUCAUGUGGAAUGUAUGAUUACUCUGGACAGUUUGCUUUUCAUGUUGGGUUACCAGCUAAAUCAGGUGUAAGUGGUGCAAUCUUGAUUGUUGUGCCGAAAGUAUGUGGUAUCAUGGUGUGGUCACCCCCUUUGGAUCAGCAUGGUAACAGUGUCAGAGGAAUGCAGUUUUGUAAGGAACUUGUCAACUACUUUGAUUUUCACAACUAUGAUUUAAAGGGUGCUUCAUCGGGAAGAAAAUUAGACCCUCGCAGGAGAAAAGCUGAAAUACAGGGAGAACAAGUUGUAUAUCUACUUUAUGCUGCAAGUUAUGGAGACGUGACAGCCUUAAGAAGGUAUUAUCUGUCUGGUACAGACAUGACUCUAACAGAUUAUGAUGGACGCACAGCAUUACACAUAGCUGCAGCUCAAGGUUGUUCUGAGGUAGUUAAAUUCCUGCUAGAUCACUGUGCUGUUCCAGCUGAUCCAAAAGACAGAUGGGGAUUUUCUCCACUCGAUGAAGCGGUGCGAUUUAACCACCAAGCCUGUGAAGAGUUGUUAAAAAACCAUCUUCAGUCACAAGGAAAGACAAUCUCUUGAACGAUGUUUUGAUCAAAUAUGAAUAAAAUAACAAUUAUUUAAGCACCACUGUGCAAAAUUUUAUCUAAAAUUACUGUUAAGGGUUUGUCCAGUAGCCCUGAGCUAGAGAGAGGAAAAAAACAGUCUUGUGAAUGCAUUUUUCAACAGUCAUUUGAAAUUCAGUAAUUCAGUGCACAAUCGGAGUGUUACUAGUAGAACUGGCCAUGAGGUCUCUUCCCCUGAAAAACAAUAAUUUAUAACUUUUGUGGAUGGUUUCAACACUAAAACAGAUUGCAAGUGACAAAUAUGGAAAAAAUUGGUCUGAAUUUUUUCAGGAUAAGAUUCAUUAAAUUCAAUUUCUGAAAACAAUGAGUUUUACCACAAAAAAAGUAAUAGGUUAUAUAGACCCAUUACAAAAUUAAUCACAGUUAUUUUCCGUCACCUUGAAGAACCAUUAUUUUGUCGACAGAAUUAGAUCACUUCACCUUGAAGAUGAAUUGCUGUAUGUAUGGUAGUUUGAAAGCUAUAUUCUUAUUAAGAGGGACAAACAU